UGACGACUAAAAAUCCUAUUUUUACAUCCGUCAUCUCUAGAUCUCCUACUAUCACAUCGGAAAAAUUGAUUGGUAGUGAGAAUUAUCUCUCCUGGUCAGCGUCCGUGGAACUCUGGUUUAUGGGACAAGGUUAUGAGGAUCAUCUUGUUACACCUGAGGAUGCUAUACCUGAUGCUGACAAAGUGCAAUGGAAGAGAAUCGAUGCACAAUUAUGCAGCGUAUUAUGGCAAUCUGUUGAUCUCAAAAUUUUACAUUAUCUUCGUGCCUACAAAACCUGCUUUAAAUUUUGGACUCAAGCUAAAGGAUUAUACACGAAUGAUAUUCAACGAUUUUAUAAGGUGGUUUCUGAUAUUGUUCAUGUGAGACAGUAGGACAUGGAUCUGUCUACUUAUAUUGGCCGGAUUGCGUCUCUUAAAGAGGAGUUCUUAACUUUGAUGCCCUUCACUAAUGGUGCUGAAGCUCAACAAAUACAAACUGACAAGUUCUUUAUGGUGUUAACCCUCAUUGGCCUUCGUCCAGAUCUUGAGUCUGUCCGAGAUCAGAUUCUCGCUAGUCCAUCAGUACCAUCAUUGGAUGAUGUGUUCGCUCGUCUCUUACGCCUCUCCUCUACUCAGACCUUGUCGACUGAUGGUCCUUCAGAUUCAUCUAUGUUAGCCUCUCAGACUAACUCUCGAGGAGGACGUAGUGGCAAUCGGGGUCGAGGACAACGUCCUCAGUGCACCUAUUGUAAUAAGCUUGGUCACACUCGAGAUCGUUGCUAUCAGUUACAUGGACGGCCUCCUUGCACUGCCCACAUUGCUCAGUCAUCUGAUCCUCUGCUAUCUCGACCUGACUCCGCUGCGAGCUCCACAUCUCAGAGUAUCACCCUUACUGGUAUUGAUUAUGAUGCCUAUCUCCGAUAUCAGGCAGCCACAUCAGCUUCUGUUGCUUCUAUUGCCCAGACCGGUAAUGUCUCUGUCUGCUUUACUCAGUCUCCUUUUCUUGGCCCGUGGACUUUAGAUUCUGGAGCAUCUGAUCAUAUCUCUGGACCGGAGUACAGGGAAGACGAUUGGCAUAGGGCGUGAGUCUCAAGGCCUCUAUCACCUCACAUCACCUUCAUCUCCUACAGCUUGCAUUUCCACCAAUGCUCUUCUUCUCAUUCACAGUCGUCUGGGUCAUCCUAGUCUCUCCAAAUUCCAGAAGAUGGUCCCUCGUUUUUCCACUUUGUUGUCGCUUGCGUGUGAGUCGUGUCAACUUGGGAAAUAUGCUCGUGUCUCGUUCCCAAAGCGUUUGAAUAAUCGGGCAAAGUCUCCUUUUGAACUUGUCCACACUGAUGUUUGGGG